AUGGAAUACAUAAAGAUAGCGAAAGUGAAUAAUGUGCUGGUGCAUAGAAGGGGUGCUGUAACUCGCGGGACUUUGCAUUUGACUACACAUCAUUUAAUUUUGACGUCUCUGUCCCUUUCUAGAGAAUUUUGGGUGUCAUACUCUACAAUUGCGUCGGUGUUCAAGAAUCAUGGAAGUGCGCUCAUAUCGAAGACGAAUCAGCAUAGUGAUUCACGGGAUGGCCGUGUGGGAGAGCUGUACAAUGGGCGGGAUCUUUGGUCUUUUAUCAAUAUUAAAGUGAUCUGUAAGGACUACACGAUAUUUUCCAUUGACUUUAGUGACGAAUUGGAGGCGCACGAUGUGGCGGCGCAGCCAUUGCCCGGUCUCACAAAGCAGAGAUCUGUCCAGGACGAACGGUUGGUUUUCGAAAUUUUCCAAACAUCCAAAGAUGGCACUGAUCAAACUCCACAGAGGAAUAUGAUAAUCGAUGCAAGGCCGACGGCAAAUGCGAUCGGUCAGGCUGCCCUGGGGGGUGGGAGCGAGAACAUGGAUAACUAUAAUUUUGAUAAGACCUGUUCGCGGACUUUUCUCGGCAUUGACAACAUCCAUGUCAUGUCAGAUACUUUGAAUUAUAUGGUAGAGAACUUCUUAGUCGAUGGGGAUUUAAAUUUACCUAUCGAUAAAGCUGCAUUGAACUCUGGGAAAAGCGCAAGUUGGCUAAAGCAUAUUAAGCUUCUGUUAUCGUCAACGGAUACAUUGGUUAAGUCGAUAAUAUUCAACAAAUCGAAUUUACUGAUACAUUGUUCCGAUGGCUGGGACCGUACAGCUCAAGUUUGCUCUCUCGUGCAGUUGUGCCUCGACCCCUACUUUCGAACACUAGAAGGCUUCAUGGUCCUUGUUGAAAAAGAUUGGCUGUCGUUUGGGCACAGGUUCCAGGAAAGAUCAGGACUCUUGAGCUCAGAGAAUGUGUUUCAUGACAAUACAAUGGGGUUCAGUGGACUAUCACACUAUUCAGGUCAUACUGAUCUUACUUCAAGUACAUCACUUUUCGGAAAGGAUGGGAAUGAACUCUCUGAGACUGAGGGCUUGGUCAACAUGACGGCAAACAGUGUCCUGAACUCUGACAUAGUAAGUAAAGUGUCGGAGCACUUCAAGAGAAGGAACAAAAACAAGAGAAUUCUGAAGUUCACGUCGCCAAUCUUUCAACAGUUUCUCGACUGUGUUUACCAAUUGCUGAUACAAAGCCCGUCCUCAUUUGAAUUCAACGAACGAUUCUUGAGGCGACUUAUCUACCACGUCUAUUCCUGCCAGUAUGGUAACUUUCUGUACAACAGCGAGAAGGAAAGAGUAGAAUUUGAGGUGUCUUCGAAAACGAGAAGCGUUUGGGACUACUUUAGGUCUCGCAAAGGAGAGUUCACCAAUAAGGAUUACCAUCCGAGCGUACCGAGCUCUGACCUUUGCGAUGAAGUUACCUGGAUUCUUCCCAAUCUUCAUGAAGUAGAAUGGUGGUGGCAGCUUUACGGGCGUAAGUACGACGAGUUGAACGGAGUAGCGGCCUCGACUUUAAGCGUCAAUGGGACGGAAUGUUCUGGGCAUAGCAAGAACAUUCGUGCCGCUGAGAAAGAACCACCUAAGGGCCUUUCGAUGAAAUUUCCAACCUUUGGCCUGGAGCUAUUUGGUAAACGUUAG